UAAAAUUAUUUUUUUAUUCUUCCCAAAUGCAAAAUUUUCGAAGUGGUGCUAAAGCGAAUUUUCUCAUGAAUUUUCCUGUCUUGUAACGGUUGAAUCGUUCCUACCAUAGAGCACAGUAAAUAAAAAACUAGUUUUAAUAUAAAAACGACAAGCUAUUCAGAAUUUUAGUCAUAUGGUGAUGCAUUUUGAGUGUUUGUAUUAUUAUAUAGAAGUUUAGCAGUAUUACGUUUUUCUUAAUUUAAGACAUUUUGCAGAACGUCUCAAUGGAAAUGAAAUGUCCCGGCGUGACAUCUGGCGCGCGCAGAUGAGCAGAUGAAGUGAGCUGCGACGACCCCCUCAGCAUGUCCGCCCCCGAGCACGAGAUCCGGGCGGCAGCCGAAUCGCUGCUGGGCAGUUCCUCCAGCUACCAGCAGAGACCCUCCCCCAGUUCGAACCUCGGGUACAGCGUCAACAGCCGCCCCGACUUCUUGCUGCCUGCCGACCUGGUGACCGGCUCGCGCCAGAGCGGGCGCAUGUCCGUGGUGCGCCGCUUCUUCUGCCUGUUCGUCACCUUCGACUUCCUCUUCACCGGCCUCAUGUGGCUCGUCUGCAUCAUGCUGGUUGGUGGGAACAUGGUGGACACACUGUCGCAGGAGAUCGUUCGCUACAACAUCCACACGUCGCUGUUCGACGUGGUGCUCGCUGCGGCCAGUCGCUUCACGGUGCUGCUGCUUUUCUACGGGCUCGUCUACAUCAACCACUGGUGCAUCAUCGCGUUGUCGACUGCGGGUACAUGCUUGUUCCUCAUCGCCAAGGUGUACCUGUACAAUUGGUCGGAGGCCUCCCAGCCCGUGUUCCACGUGCUGCUGAUCCUGGUGUCGUUCGUGAUCGCGUGGGGCGAGGCCUGGUUCCUGGACUUCCGGGUGCUGCCCCAGGAGCAGCAGGCUCAGCGCUUCCUGCAAGGCGUGUUGUUUCAGCCGAUAGACGAGCGCACGGACAUCAUGUACAUGGUGGCGGCCGGCGGGGCGGGCGGGCUGGUGCAGAGCCGGGACUUCGUGAACCUGCGGCACUGGAGCCUGCGAGGGGACUGCUACGUGGCGGCCGCCGUGUCCGUCACGCACCCCGAUGCCCCCUCGGGCGACAAGCACAUCAGGGGCGAGAACGGGGCCAGCUGCUGGGUGAUCCGGCCGGCGGCAGGUGGCGGCGGGGGCCAGUCCGAGGUGCAGUGGCUGCUCAACACGAACCUGCACGGCUGGAUCCCGCAGUCCGUGGUGGACACGGGCCUCGUGGCCGCGAUGCUGGACUACACCGCGCACCUCUGCAAGCACGUCGCGCGGAUGGCGGGCGAGACGUCCUGACGCCUGCCGCACUCCGUCUAGUCGGCUCGUGAUACGGCCACCGCCAGCCUCCGUUACCGGACAUUGAUUGUAUUGUAGACAUACGUAGUGAGUCUGGAUUCAACAAACUUCGGCUGCAGGCUCAUAAUGAGAAAAUUAGUUGAAAACGUACCUGAAUUAUGCUUUAAAGUGCUUCCCAAGGUUGAAGUUGGAGCUGAAACAAAAAAUUUUAAUUUAAAAAAAUUAAGUAUUUAAGAUGGAACAUUGAGCGUCUGGAUUAUGUUUAACUGAAUGAAGUUCUACGACCACUGCGAAUUUUGUCACAGUCACGAAAUUAUUUUGUUAAAAAAAAAUGGUAAACUUUCAUUAUUCGCAUAAUUUUGUGAUGGUUGUAGAACUUCAUUCAGUUAAACAUAAUCCAGAUGCUCAGCGUUGUUCAACUUCAGCUCAGCCUUGGGAACCGCUGCUUUAGAGCAUAAGAUGUAUAUGUUUUAAACUUUUUUUUUUUUUUGUAAUGAGCCUGCAGCCGAAGCUUGUUGAUCGUAUUCACUCGUCCUGUAUAUUGGAAACGCCUUUUUAUUCGUCUUGAAUUUUAAUCAUGUUUCCGUAGGGUAAACAGAGGUGUCCAAUAGGACCAGUGGGCCAAAUAAGGCCCUGCGGUGUUAUUUCUACGGCCAGCACAUCCGAUGGUUUUUUUAAAAGAAAGCCUUGACAAGUUCAUUUUUAAUUUGAUCAGCUCAGUGAUGCAAGUUGCACAUGAACAGUUAAUCCUAUUCUUCCAUCGCUUCUUAAUUUGUUUACAUGGAUAUGCAGCAGUGGAGAGAAGUUUCUCUUUCAACAAAGAUGUUUUGGUUGAAAAUCUUCAAGAGAAAUCUCUUGUAGCUCAAAGAUUGGUUCAUGACCAUAUCUUUUCACUUCCAGGUAUUUUAACUUUAGACUAAUAUGUUUUGGACAUGAGAGCUCUUACAACUCUGAUUGUGUAAUAUUGCAGUACCAUUAAUAUAUUGUACUCAACUAUUUUGUGUAUUGGUUUAUUUGUUUUUUCGUAAGGUGUUCCUUUUCUCUUAUCAAAUAACAAAAAAAAAUUAUUUUGGAAUUUCGCAAUGCCUCCGCAAGAAGAAAGGAAGAACUAAGAAUGAGAAAGAACGAACAAACAGUAUGAGGUUUUAAAUGCAAGAAAAAGAGCAACACACAAAAUCAAGUUUCUUGAAAAGAAAAGGGAAAAAUUGCUUAGAGAAAAAAGGAGAAUCAUUAGAAAUAGAGUUGGACGUGAAAAAACUUAAGUAAAGUGUUUGAACUGUUUUUUUUUUUUUUUGUGCCACUAAUUAUACUAAUGUAAAUUAUUUAAGAUAUAUAAAACCUUAAAAAAAAUUUUGUGUACCCUAUUAAAAACAUUUAAUGUAUAAUGCUUAAAAUUUCAGGCCGUAAGGAAUUUUUUGAAGGGCCCCAAAAGUCACUGAUUUUUGCUGUUGGAACCUGGUAGGCACCCUGUAAAAGUAAACAUUUAUAGCAGAACAACAGAUAAUGGCGUUAACAAUUCUGUACUAAUAAAUGCUACUUGUCACAAAGAUUAAUUUUUUUUUUUUAAUUUGGUAGUUUGGUAAGGUUCAUAAUUUUAUAACCUUCUCUUUUAGCUUUUUUUUAUUAAAAAUAAUAAAACUUUUGUUAAUUAUUCCCAUGGUUAUGAUAGGUUGCACAGUCACUGGCUGUCAAGUUAUUAAAAUUCUGUUGCUUCCUCCACGGCUGAUGCAGAUAAGGUUGAAAUUUCCCUCGACUGAUUUUCUGGCUGAUGUCACCAAUGGGAACAUUGUGAAUGCUUUAAACAUCCCUCAGUUUGAUUGUAUUGGACAGUCGUGGUGUAUAACAAUGCAAAAAAAAAUUGCUUGAGUGUUGACAAGUAACUUGUUGUACCUGUUGUCUAUCUACUAUUUUGCUUCAGGAGAAAGGUAUUUGAUUACUCACUGAACAUUCCAAAAAUUACAUGUACAUGUCUUUCAUUUCAAUAUCUUUUCUAUCUGUUUCAAUGAAGUAUAUAUUGUCAUGUAGUGCAGGUAUUGUGGGUAUCUGAUGCUACCCUGAAAAAGUGAUACAUUCUGAAGAUUAUGAUGUUUUAAGGUUAUGUGUUAUUGAUGUGUAUCUUACCUCACUUUCAAGUCACUGAGAUUUUUAACUGAACCUGUGGUUAGUGAAUAAAUUAUGAAUUACUGUAAUAUCAAUGAAAAAUCUGUAAAUGUGCUGAAAAUGUAAUUUUCCAACUUGUAUUGCAUUUACACGUUUUUCCCCUAAUUUUUUCUCUGAUUUUGCGAGUGUUAAUUAUGUGUUUAAUAAUUGACAACUUCAGCUGUAUACUGUUAAGUUUUUUUUUUUCUAUUUAAAUAAUUUUUAUAAGCAUAUAUUUUGUUCAGUGAAACUGGAUUUUGGAUCAUCCAAUGUUUCCUGUAAUUAUCUGUGCUUGGGAUCUUAUCUUUCUUUGGGGUUGAUGUCUGAAGAUGAAUUGAAUGUGUUAUUUUAAAAUGUAUAUUUGUGGCCAGUUAUUAGUGAUAGAUUUUUUUUAUUUCAUGUUUUUGCUCUAGUAUGUGACUUAAACAUGAUGUGUAAGAUAAUUGUAAUAAGAUGUUUUGCAUUUUUACCACUUUUUUUAUUUUAAAUAUUUUACUGUAUAUUUUGCAGAUAUUUUAAAUAUUUACAAUUUUAGUGUAUUUGCUGCUAACCAUACAUGUCAUGUACGUUGCUUCCUUAUACAGCUUCAUUAUUAUGUUAUCUUCCUUAUGCAUCUUCACUAUUACUUUAUCUCUCUUUGAUUGGUUUAUCAGUAUGAGUAUGACAAUGAAUAUAAUCAUUAAUGUAUUAUUGUUACUUUGGAAUUUUAUAUUUUAAGUGUCUUUUAAUGUCACAGAUAUUUUUAUGCCUUCAUAUAAAGAAGUAAUGUUCAUUAAUAGCUGAAAGAGUUGGUAUGUUUUUAAGUUGUAUGUGUUUAUUUUCGAAAAGGCACCUGUAAUUCUUUUUGUCUGAGCAGGCAGUAGGCUGUUUUGCAGUGGCGUUCGCUAGCAUUUUGUUGUCUGUCUUGAGUACUAGGUGCAUCAUGGGUUUAUUUGCAAAUUUAAAUAUACUUGGUAGUGGUGCAGCUGAAUCUAUAUUUCCGUUCUCGCUGGUGAGAGGGUACGAACUGCACUGAAUGUGUAAGAAUGUGGAAUUUAUAUCCUGUUUUAAGUUUUAAUCUGCUGUGUUCCAAGAAGUAAUGAUAUCUAUGGUAUAAGGGUAGCAAAUAUCUUGACUGCGUGCAAGCAGAAAAUGGAAUAAAAUCGCAAAUCCAGAGGGUUGAAGGGAACAGACAAUCCAGACAAUACUACCUGAAUAAUGUUCGGAGAUUAUGAUGUCUUUAAAUUAAUUCAGUCAUAGUUUAUACUGUUUUAAUUUCUAAACCUUGUAAAUAUUUUUAAAAAAAUUAUUUUGGCACAUUUUUAAUUAAUUUCAGUAGUAAAAAUGUGAAAAACAGUUUUGAAAAAUUUACAUCCGAUGCAACCUCUUAGCCUUCAUUUUUUUCCUCUGGGAAUUUUUUUGUUUCAGGUAUGUAUGCAUCUUGCAAUUGUAAGCUGUUAAUUUAAAGCGGGUCAGGUCAUUCAAAUAUGUUUUACGAUAUUUUCCCAUGAUGCUGUGAACUGUUUUUGCUGUUGAAGUUUGUAACUUGCCUCUUCCUGUGAUCUCAUUCUGUUUUAUAUUUGGUACAGUGAUGUAGUCGUUAGAACAGACUUGCUAGUAAUUAAAUACAGUCAAACCUCUCUAUCAAACUCGCAUGUAUCGAUUGUCCGUGUUUAUCGUAUGCUUUCUACGGUCCCGGCAAAAUUGCCAUACAACUAAGGUUAAAAAAGUCCGCUUGUACCGAUGUUCGAAUUAUCGUUUUGUCCGCAUUGAUCGUACAAAAUAUGUGGUCCCGUCACUAUAAAUUAUAAUAGAUGAUCGUUUAACCAUAAAGAUUUUGCAGAAAUAACCAUUUCUUAGAAAGAAACCGUCAUAAAAACGGUAACGAUAGUAUACAGUAGUAAAAAUCACCUUAAAUCUGCAGCCAAGUAAUGGAGCACGUAAAUAUGAAGAAAAGACAAAUGAACAACAACUUGCGAAGAAAUAUGGAUGAUGUACUAUAACUACAGUACAAACCCAAUUGUUAUCCUAAGAUAUUUACCAUAAAAAGAACUAAAGAUUCUUUGUAGAUACCAUAAUUACUACAGAAGCACGAUAGCUACCACAUUUGCACUACAGUUACCGUAACAACCGAGAUGUAUAUUUACCGUGACGGUAAUGUAUUUAUUUAUGACAUAUUAAAAUUAAAGAACAUUAUUGAAAAAAAGGAUGUUAAAUUUUUAUAUGUACGUUUGGCACAUGUUGCGAAGAAAUAAUGCGAUCUGAAAGAAUGCAGUACUACUACGAAAAGUGAAAAGUGUAUUCGUGGAUUUUUAGGUUAUGGAAGUCUCUCGUUUUUCAGUAAUAUCGGCCGAAAAUUAACAAGCGUAUCGGAAGUCGGCAGAAAUGCCGAUUCAACUAAAUAUUGGCAAAAUCGGCUUCUUCAGUACAGCUCUACAUUUGAUGACAUGAGUAAACAUAUUUCAGACUACAGGAUAUUGAAAAAGACUUUAAUUUCCAUGUAGAUUUAUUGUGCGUGUGUUUUUUUUUUUUGCAAGUGUAAAUUGAAUUAAGUAAAAUACUUCCAUUUUUAUUUAUUUUUCAACUGAUUAACUUUAAUGACAAGUAACUGAUAUAUUUCUGACACUAAUUUUGAGGUUGAAAUAUUUUUUUAAAAAUUCUUAGAGUGAAGUCCACAUCUAUUGAAUGUCCGCAUCUACUGAAUUUUUUUGUUGGUCCCCUGAAAAACAAUAGAUAGAGGUUUGACUGUAUACUGUAGAUGUUACCAGUUGAUUGGUUAAGACUGCUUUUUCAUGGACUACAAAGAAAGGAUGCAGGUCGGAGAAUGGGCUUGGAAUAUUUUCAGAAUUAUGAAAGAAACGUUUAACACACAACUUUCAAGUAUUUAAGUAAACAUUAAUGUACCCUCGGAAAUAAUACAAUACAGGCGCUCAGGAGAGUCAAUCACCCUGCCGGCCUCUAGGAAGCUACGCUAAAGCUUAAUUUUUCACUUUUAUAAUGUGAAAUGUUAAAUUUAAAACUUGAACGGUGGUGGUAAAAUUGGCUUUGUGCUCAAAGGGGAGGAAAACUAUUAAUCAUGAAUAUCUUUGUACACAGUGAGGAUAAACAAAGUAUAUUUCGGGAGUCUUGAAACUCAAAAUAUGUAGUAAUUAUAUGUAUAUUAAAGCAUUAUUGUAUUCUCUUUUAGUUGUAUUUUACACUUUGGUGUAAAACAUUUUAUUGGCUGGUUGCCCUGCAUUGUUCGUGUAAGAGCAGUCUUUAUUAGUUAUAUCAGAGCUGUUCGCGCGAUGUAAACUAUAUAUAUGCUUAGAAUACUUUAAGGUUAACAUGCUUUAUAUUACAGCAUUCCUUUCGGAAAAUAGUCUGCCAGUAAUGAAAAGUGCCUAACCAGUAUUGUGUGAAAAAAAAUGUCUUGCAUUGAAAUCUGUGAAUGAUUGGUGUGAUGUUCUCAGCUCAGAAGUUGUGCUUCGAGAAGAUGAGAUUCACAGGUGUGUGGCAGUGAUAUUUUUUAACCUAGUCUUAUUAAGGAGAAGCAUACUUGUUUGUAAAGUUUUACUUAUUGAUGUUGCGCAGAUAGAUGCAUGUAACAAGAUUUUUUUAACAAAUAUAUAUACCAAUAGAGAAAAAAAAAAUUAUUUUGUUGUUCAUGGGCACUAAAUAUAAUGUAGAAUUUUUUAAAAUAAUGAUGAGCAUGAUAAAUAUGCAAAAAUUAUCCCUUUUAAGGAAAAACUGUAACUGUAAUUUUGUAACCUUAAAACUAUGUAAUAUUCACAAAAAAUUGUAAAUAACCAUAUACCUGGUUCAUAAAAAAAAAUACCUUUCAGCACAGCCUACAGGCAUGGGUAGAUUUUAGGUAUGCACCUAUUUAUUCUGGAAAUAUUUUGGAAACGUCUAUAAACAUUUAGAACAUUUUAAGAACUUAAUUUACAUAUAUUUAUGUUCUCCAACAUUACAAAAUAAUUGACCAAAUAUUUGCUCGCUUUCCAUGCAGUGAAAAUAUUACGAAUAUUAAUUUGAUGUACGUAUCUAGCAGUGAAUAGCUUAAAAUGAAUAAAUUUUAUGUUACGUGCCAACU